CUGCAACUCAUUUCCAUCUAUCUGCUCUGGGAUCAAAUCACGAUACCAACAUCCAUUUUCUUCUCCAAAGUCCUGAAUUAGUCCAGAACCAAUCUUCAAUCUUUCUGCUAAUCCUUCCUUUUUCUUGAAACCCAAAGACGUUCUUCUUGAUUAACUCUACCUCCCAAAUCGAACCCUCAUUCAAUCUCUUUCAACAUGCGUGCGAGAACUUCUUUGUAUUCAAACCCAAAACCCUGCAAGCACUUGUCAGAUUACAAGCUCAGAUAUGGCACCACUCCCUUCGAAAAUUUGCAUGAGUUCAUCAAAGCUGGCCUAAAUGGCAGAGCUAGGAUUGAGGGUAUCGAGGUGCCAAGAUGCAGUUCUUGUAAUGGGUAUCGAGGUAGACUUUAUAUGUGCUUGAUUUGUUCUGCGGUAUCUUGUUUAAACCAUUUGGGUUUGCAUACUCAGUCUGGGGAUCGUCAUGAUAUAGCGGUGGACGUUGAAAGAGCGGAGCUGUAUUGUUGUUCGUGUGGCGAUCAGGUCUAUGAUUCUGAAUUUGAUGGAAUUGUUGUCUCUGAACGAGUUAGGGACUUGCCUGAGGAUAAAAAUGGCGGUUUUGAGGGUGUUGAGGAGAGGACGAGCAAGAGGAGAAAGUUGAAGUUGGAUCCGGGGAUCGAAGAUGAUCCGAAGAAGGCAAGAACGAUGAUGUCCUUGGGAGAUCAUAAGGAAAAAUCGUGUUACCCUUCUGGAUUGAGGGGAUUGAACAAUCUUGGUUUUACUUGUUUCAUGAAUUCUGUGUUGCAAGCUUUGCUUCGUGCACCCCCUUUGAGUAAUUUCUUGAUUGAUCGGCAUAAUCAUGAUAAAUACCGGAACAAAUCUGGGAAAAACCCAUGUUUGCUUUGUGAAAUUGGUACUGUUUUUCACGCAAUGCAUUCCACCGAUCAUACCCCUUAUAGCCCAGCUCGGAUGCUUUACAGCUGGUGGCGGCAUACACCAAGUCUCGCCAGUUUUGGGGAGAAGGAUGCCCAUGAGUUCUUCAUUUCAGUGUUAAAUGGGAUUCAUGAUUUUAGUGACAAGGGCCAAGAACGGAAUGACAGUGAAGAUAAGGGGAAUUGCCAAUGCAUUGCUCGUAAGGCAUUCUCUGGGUUAUUGAGAUCAGAUGUCAUGUGUAUCACCUGUGGAUUUACUUCUACAACUGAUGAACCUUGUUUUGAUAUUUCUCUUGAUAUGCCAACAAGCAACCUCUCUUUUAAAGGUGUGACAAACAAGUCUGUUGAACCAAAUGAGCGGACUUGUUCAUCUACUCUUUUUGGUUGCUUGGAGAUGUAUACAAGGCCGGAGAGGAUGGGUUCUGACCAGAACUUUCACUGCCAAAAUUGCCGAGGAACGAGUGGCUCUUUAAAGCAAAUGUCUAUUAAAAGACUCCCCCUGGUGUUGUGUCUACAUAUCAAGAGAUUUAGCCAAUGUCUCUCCAGGAGAAUAAUUUUGAAAAAUGGUCAGUAUUUGCAGUUCCCUUUCUCAUUGGACAUGACUGCAUAUCUUUCAUCCUCGACUGUCAGAAACAGGUUUGGCAAUAGAAUAUUUGCUUUCAAGUGUCUCAACUCCGAUAGUUCUGUAGCCUAUGAGAUUUUUGCUGUGGUUUGUCAUUCGGGAAUUCUUCAAACUGGCCAUUAUGUGACCUAUCUGCGUGUAAAGGACCAGUGGUACAAAUGUGACGAUCCUUGGAUCAAUGAAGUUGAUGAGGAAACAGUUAGAGCUUCCCAGACUUAUAUGCUGUUCUAUGUGCAAAGAAGGCUGGUUAUCAAUUUCCAGCGUGUUUCCACACGCAUAGCAUCUGCAGUUAAGCAGUCUUCCAAGGGAUGAACUCCAGGAGAAGCUACAACUUACAAACAGUUCUUUCAAGUAGAUCGAGACAGGGAGUUUAAACUUUUUCAGAAUGACUGAUAAUCUGAGAUACUGAUUCCAGAUUCCUACUUCUUUGAACCCCAAUCUACCUUUUUACAAGGAUAUACUCAAUCAGCUUCUGCAUUUGAACGUGUUGGCCAAAAAACAGUUGAUUUUAGGUUUUUUCAUCUUGGAAAUUUGGAAUGCUCUAGCUUUCUCUGUAUUACAUGUACAGCUUUGUUCUUGAUGAUCUUUUGGCUGCAGCUCAGUCAUGCAAUGAUGUACAUGACGAAAUUUUUUUAACACCAGUGUAUGAACCUUAUUGCUGUUAACAAUUUCUGAAGAAAUGAUGUUUCCUUUC